GGCAGCCAGCACUCCCGCGCCCCCACCAGGCCAGAAGGCCCGAGCGAGGCCGCCGCCGCUCCCUCCCUUCUUGAGCGCGCGGCCGUCCACAUGGGCCAGCGACGACGGAACCUGUCCGCCGCGGUGCUCCUCCUCGUCCUCCACCUGCUGCUACUUUUCUCCGCCCCCGGGACGUGCACGCCGGCGAGGGGGAGAGGCGGGGUGGCGCCGACGAAGGGGGAGGAGGACGGCUACUCCUGGUUCUGGGCCACGGCGGCGCGCCGGGCGCUGGUGGGGCCGGGGUCGUCACCGCCCACGUGCCGCAGCAGCUGCCGGGGCUGCCACCCCUGCCGCCCCGUCCACGUCGCCAUCCAGCCCGGCCGGAGCUUCCCGCUCGAGUACUACCCGGAGGCCUGGCGCUGCAAGUGCGGCAACAAGCUCUUCAUGCCCUGACCUACAACGCCAACGCCACCUCUGCCUGCUGCUGCUUCGCUCACUCACUGUCACUGGUGCUCUGUCCACAGCAUCAUCAGUGAGUGAGAGAGACCUGGAAACCAUUUCUUCAUUGAGGCCAUUGCCUGUGAAUCUCUAUCUCAUGGCCAGUGCAUGUGCAUCCGGUUGGUACCCUUCAGUUCAGAAAAAUUUCCCCACGGAGUGAAUUGAAAGCUGCUGGUACCAUGCAAACGAUGAGAAGGGGGGAGGGCGAAUAAUUAACAGGAGGAUACAAAUGUAGGCAUGCAUUACUUGAGCCCUGCUUUUACAGAAAGAAGCUAGAGAACUCCCAGUCGAAACAGAAGGAAACAAGGCUCAAAAGCUGUCCAAUGCAUACACAAUGUCAAGCAACAGUGAGCUACUUCCCCGGCCUUCUCCUCGUCUCGUCUCUGCCAGUGGCACUAAUUUUCUGCUGCUCUGCUCCUGCUGCUGCUUUACUCGCGUCAAAUCAGCACAAGUUCCCUAGAGACAGGGUGACUGAAGAAAAUAUUUUCCUAAUGCUUUGCCGUCUGGAAUGGAUGCACAUCAAAUUUUGGUGAUUAGGGAUCCCUAGGGGAUCCAUGGGGGAGGAAUCCCCUCGCAAUUCAAUUUUGAAUAGCAAGAGGAUUUCUUCCCCUCGGGAUCCCCGGUCACCAAAUUAGCUCUUGUUUUUUGUUUUUACACGAGCAGCUAGUAGUAGGCUCAUCCGCGCGCGGCAGGCGCAGCCCCAGGCCCAGGCCCAGGGCUACUAGUUCAAUCAUCGUUGCCUUGUAAUCCCUCCUCGGCGUCGGCGGGCUAUAGGCUCCAUUUUGUGUCGUCCAGGCACUCACCAUGCCACUCGCCCACCCGCAGCUUUGGGAAAAAAAUUGCACGCGGCCGUGCCGCACGAGGCCGCCGGUGCGGCCCGGCACCGAUUAACGACGCGUGGAUAUUCAACGGCAUCUGCAUGUCAUGGAUAAAGCCUCGGACGUAUACGCAGCUCGGCUAAGCCUCGGACGUAUACGCGGCUUGGCUUACAGAACGGCUCGCUUUACCAUCGUUGCUUCCAUACGCUUCCAUACAGAUACGUAUCUUGGCUUCCAAAAAACAUGUCCUGCUAAUCAUAUUGAAGCCGCCGCCGCCACCACCGCCGCCACGCGUGACUGGUGGCCGCCGUCUUCCUCAUUUGCCAAGUGACGGUUGCGCCAUUACAUAUCGUAGCUUCCAAAGAACAAGUCCUGCAACGAUCAUAUUGAAGCCGCUGCCGCUGCCACGCAUGACCGGUGGCUGCUGUCUUCCUCGUUUGCCAAGUGACGGUUGUGCCAUGGAUAUUUCCUCAUCCUCAGGUCCAGCAGCCAACAUAGAGGCCGAUCAACUCAUCUGACUGCUCUUUGUACCUGCAAGAAGUUCAGGAACACUAGAUUGAAAUUUUGACUGCAUAAGACAGUUCUGAGUACCCAUCUCUUGACUGCAUUCUGCCAAGCUUGUGACCACAUGUGCAUUUUGUCGAACACCAGACAGACGCGAGGUAAGUCACGUGCCCGGGGAGAAUGAAUCAGCUCCAAAACAGCUGUAGCAUCCUUGCCAAAGGCUUAGGUUGCUGCCUAGGAACAGCUUGUCCAGAUUGUCCUCCUCCGGGAAUAAGCUCCAAAGUAGACGAACACGGACGUGGCGAGGCAGCCGCCGCUCCACGAGGGCGCCGGAUGUCCAUGCACGCGGCCGGGUCCUUGGCCUCGUAGGCGUGGAGGAGGGGCUGCUGCAGCAGGCCCCGUAGCGCGGCCGGCGAGCCGUCGGGAGGGCCGCGCGACGCCGCCUCACCAUCUGCUAGGCACGCACCUAAAGCAGAAGCGAACAGAACGGAGUAGAGCCGAGCCGAUCCUGUCGUAUGUAAUUCGAGCCGUCUGGAAGGGUGAUUGUCGUGGGAGCGUUAGAUACGCAAGAGCUCCACGCGGCAGGCAUCGACAUCAGGAGCGCACGGUGGUGGCUUUACGGCCCUGCCGCGUAGAAUUUUUUUCCCAGCUUUGCGAUAAAUGCUGGCUUUGCUUGCUCAGGCCUCUUUGUAGUUUGUAACAAAGGAUUAUUUCUAAGUCCUACGUUUUUCCUGUGAUUUUGAACUAACUCCUAUAAAAUCCAUAUACCAUCCCUAUGAAAUUACUGUGUUUCAAAGGAGGAGCCAGUGUACAGCUGCUGUUGGAAUCUGGAUAACAGUAGCAAACUAGCAAUAACAAAGUUAGCUAUAAAAAAAUAUUACUAGCAAAACAAGGAGAUGCGACCCACUGGCAAAUUACUGAUAGCGCUGCUGCUCUUUAGAUUACAAACGUAAAGAAAAAAAAACCUGCUGAGGAGCACGCACAGUUCGUAGGAGAUGGAGCGAAAUAUCUGUGCUUAGCUUAUCCAAGUGGCGAUGAUGCUCUCCCCUGGCUGGCUGGCUGGCUUCUUCAACCUGUCUACGGUUCGAUCUACAGCCCCAGUUUUCUCUCGAAACUAAACCCUAAUAAAGGGUGUGUGCAGCGGGCACCGUUGCAGUUUGCGCCGGCGCGGCUGCCAAAG